AAACGUAUAUACGUAUGUAUAAACGUAUGUAUAAAUUCGUGAUAAAGAAAAUACGUAGAAAGACUUGAUAAAACGUGUCGCGACAUAUUCGAAAUUCUUGGAAAGAGGAGGAGGACCUGCCUUCUCUCAUCGAUUCCAGAAGUAUUACGUCACAAUUUAUGCGGAUGCAAUCAGUCUUGCGAUCGUACCCGCUUGUACGAACGGCUGAAAAAAUGUACUUCGCUAAAGAGAGCAGUGCAUCGUACGAUGUGAAGAAGGAAUAUAACAUUACGGAGCAUCGUGCGGUGCGUUUACUGAGCAGAUAUUACGAUCCGACGUAUAUGGGCUACAAAUUUUUGGAAAUUUUUGGAAUCAACCCACCGAGUAGAGGUCGCCCUUGGAGAUCAUCGCGGACACGAACUAUCGCUGUCUCUCGAAACGUGGAAGAGCCUCUACGAGCAGCGAGGAAAUAUUUACAAGCUGUUUCGAAACGAAUACAAGGAUAAUUUUAUAAGCGUUGGACCGCUAACCGUCAGUGUUUGCAUGCUGAAUGAUGCUACGCUCGUAUGUCUCGAUUCUUCAUCCGAACGCAUUACGAUGAUCGAAACGACGCUACGCCGUAUGUUUGACUUUAACGGGUGUAUCGAUGUAAUGUUCGAAUGAUUAGCUCGACUCGUUGAUACGGUAGAUACCAAGUAUACGCGAUUCUCCAACAUCGCAUCUGAGAACAUUAUACGUGAUAGCGACAUCUUCA